CUUGCGUUGAGCGAGAUAUCCUGAACAGACUCUUUGUCUGAACCCUUUCCCACAACCCACAACUCACAAUAUGACAGAAGGGCGCGUCGGCGAGGCAGUCACUGUGAAAGCGACCCCUGAAGUUCCCCCGACAACUGAAAAUGCCGGAAAUGCUACCCAACCAAUAGCACCGGUAUCACCGGCUGCUGUCGCAUCGUCACCGGCCGCGCCAGUGUCACCAGCUGCAGCGAUUGUGGCUGAAGAAGAUCCAGACCCAUCCACUGAUGGAUACGAGACUGGCAGCGACGGCAGUUCCAAUGCCUCGACUUCACUGUCUUCGAGCGUUCGUGACUAUGAAUGGGAGAAUAAGCGUCGCUACCACAAAUUCAAGCAAGGCCGAUACCUGUGUCCAAACGAUGAGCCUGAGCAGGAUCGCGAGGACAUGAAGCACGCUUUGGUGGUUCACAUAUGCGACGGAGAUUUACACAGUGCGCCUCUAGAUAAUCCGCAAAAAAUUCUUGAUAUUGGUACCGGUACUGGCAUUUGGGCGAUCGAUAUGGGCGACAACUAUCCAGAAGCUAAUAUCGAUGGGAUUGACCUGAGCCCUAUCCAACCCGGCUUUGUACCGCCGAAUGUCAGGUUCCUGGUCGACGAUGCAGAGGCAGACUGGCUGUAUCCGGACAACUCAGUUGAUUUCAUCCACCUGCGGCACAUGGCUCCUUUCAUCAAAGACUGGCCUAGGCUUCUGCGUCAGGCAUAUAGGGUAUUAAAGCCGGGCGGGUGGAUCGAGCUGCAAGAGCUGAGAUGGAGAUUCGCUUGCGACGAUGACACGAUGGGUCCCGACUACGCCCCAACCAAGAUGGCGAACCUUAUCGAAGAAGGACUCGGCAAGUUCGGCUUCGAGCUCUACGCAUCGGAGACCAACCCGGAGCGUCUCAGGGCUGGUGGUUUCGUGACGCAGGUUCAUGAUGUUAAGAAGGUGCCAUUGGGGAGGUGGCCCAAAGAUGACAACCUGAAAACCAUUGGCUUGUAUUCUCAGGCGGUCUUGUUCGACGGACUACAGGCUAUUACGAUGGGUCCUCUGACGAGAGGGCUGGGCUGGACUCCAGAGGAGGUCGAAGUGUUGCUAAUGCAAGUGCGGAAAGACCUCAGGAAUGCGGCUUUCCAUACUUAUGUUUACUAUCACGCUUUAUCUGGACAGAAGCCGGUGGAAGGAGCUUGAGAGCUGAGAGACUCUCAGUGAAUGGUCUGUGGUUGAAUUCAAAUAUUAGUAUUUACUUCGAACUCAGCGCUACAUCGC